AGUAAAACGAUUGAACUACGUAUGAACAUGUACCCUGAAGUUGAAAUGUGAUCUCUCUGCAGGGCCUCUCAGUCUGAAGGGGUUUCUAAUUCAAACCCUUCUCCCUCUGCAGCGUCCCCCCCUCCAGAGUGUCCGAUGCACAAAGCAGACCCAGGACCAGCUCACCAGGAGAGAGCCUAUGAGUUUGUGGCGUGUCCCAUGAAGGGAUCGGAGGAGAAGAGCGACAUCGACCCCUCCAACAUGAUGCCACCCCCGAACCAGACCCCCGCCAAGGACCAGCCCUUCGACCUGGACCGGAUCAGAGAGGAGUCGACCAUCCCUCGCCACGACUCUGGGAACAAGUGGGUGUACCCGUCAGAGCAGAUGUUCUGGAACGCCAUGCUGCGCAAAGGGUGGCGCUGGCGUGAAGACGACCUCGGAGCUCAGGAUAUGACGAACAUCAUCAAGAUCCACAACACCAACAACGAACAGGCCUGGCAGGAGAUCCUCAAGUGGGAGGCCAUGCACGCUGGGGAGUGUCCGUGCGGUCCCACUCUGAAGAGAUUUGGAGGGAAAGCCAAAGACUUUUCCCCCAGAGCUCGAAUGCGCCACUGGAUGGGAUACGAGCUCCCUUUCGACCGUCACGAUUGGAUCAUUGAUCGCUGUGGGCGGGAGGUUCGUUACAUUAUUGAUUACUACGACGGAGAGAUCAACAGGGAGAAUUAUCGCUUCUCCACUCUGGACGUCCGCCCAGCCGUCGACUCUUUAGGAGCCGUGUGGGACCGCAUGAAGGUCACCUGGUGGCGCUGGUCCUCCUAAAGAGACACCUGGACACCUGGAGGACACACCUGACGUCCUGAAGGAGACACCUGGACACCUGGAGGAGACCUCAGGAAAUAUUACGUCUCCUUUAGGACAUCUAAAGAAGACAUCUGGACGUCCUGAAGGAGACGUCCUGUGUCCUAAAGGUGACACCUGGACACAUGGACGUCUUAAGGAGACGUUAUGUGUCCUGAAGGAGACGUCCAUGUGUCCUAAAGGAGACUUCAUGUGUCCUAAAGGAGUCAGGAACAGGAAAUGGCCUAAGACAGUUUUGUCUCAGCAUCAUAUCCUCUCUGAGAGUGUUUUUGGUUUUGUUGAAUAUUCUGUUCAUCAUGUCUUUCUUAGCUGAUGUUCCUUAGACUGUUGUAGCUUCAUCUCAUCCGGCAGCUGUGAAUCCAUCAAGAGAUCCAAACUAGAGACGUCUUUGAAUCCAUCAAGAGAUCCAAACUAGAGACGUCUUUGAAUCCAUCAAGAGAUCCAAACUAGAGACGUCUGUGAAUCAUCAUCAGUCCAGCUCUAGAGAGGUCAGACCCAGAGGCGAUGCAUCAUCUUACGGUUCAUGGUAAUAACUCUGAUCAUGUGGAAAGGAUCCAAAGUGACCUGAGGUCAGUGUGCCGGCUUCAGGAGGGCGUGUGCAGGGUUUAUAGGGAGAAAUGAAAUGUAAUAUUCAUAAUGAUGUUAUAUAAUAACCUGAGACUAAGGGUUUGAGCUGAAGGCCUUCACACACGGGAUGCUCUCACGCUGUGGAGAGCAGAGAGAGGUCGAAUCCUCUCCACUCGCUCAGACCUGGACUUCCCCUCUCAUGCCUCUAAACCCUGCACACGCUCACAUCAUGCCGAUCAGUGUGGUUUCCCUGCAGGAUGCAUACUGUGAAGUUAUAUUUGUGUACAGGACCAGGAUGAUAGGAUAUAGGGUUAACUCUGUAACCGAGUUAGAAUCAGCACCUUUCAUAAACUAGUAGCUCCAGAGUCAAGAGCCUUUGUUUGGAUCUGCGCUAUCAGCAUUUAGUCUUUCUUUUGUAUUUAUUAUCUGAUGAACGAGUGUUUCCCUGUGAGCAGACUCCUUUCUUCUUGUAUGUUAAACAUUUUACUGGCUCUCAACUGAAUUUAAAUAAAGCUGCUCGUCUUUCUGCUUCUGA